AUGAAUCGAAAGAAAAAGAAUUUUGCCAAUUUACCAUCACUAGAACGCUCUCUGAAGACGGCCAUUUGGGAUUCUACGGAGCAAUCGAAACCAUAUGAUUCGAAGAAGGAUUGCUGGAUACCGGAUGCGGAAGAAGGUUUUAUCAAGGCUCAAAUUAAGGGCACUCAAGGAGAUGUCGUUGAUGUGGUUACAGGACGUGGAAAUGAGCUGAAAAUAAAAUCGGAACUUAUCCAAGAGAUGAAUCCGCCCAAGUUCGAGAAGACUGAAGACAUGUCGAAUUUGACGUUCUUGAACGAUGCA